GUAAGAAUGCGGUAGACAACAUUCGAACCGGUAAUAUCUAGUAUUAUUUACAUUCAUUUUUUAUUUCUUUUUAACAUUCGUUGUUGUCAAUUGGAUAAGACAAUGAAUUUAGGUUUCGAUUAUUUCCCUUAAAAACAUCUGUUCGUUCGAAUGUCAGGUGCGUGGUGCGUUCGUAAUGCUGUUCAAUGGCGAAUAAUCGGUGACGUUUAGAAAUCAAGUUAUCAUAAUCUACACGUGAUAACAUGUUCAAGUUCCGUUUUCAGUUCAUUUACUUUGCACUGCGUUUAAAUCGGUGUAAACAUACGACAGUAGGAUACUUGAGAGAACUUUUAUAUUAAUAACAUAAUUAUUUAGUAACGAAUCUAUCUACUUAGACUAAUUAAGUAAAAGCUGAGGACGAAAAAAUCAAUUUUGUUACUUGAUAUUCAUCGUAAACACGUUAAAUGUAUCAUAAUGAAAAAAAAUUGAAAUAAAAGUUGAUGCAAAUCAUCCGAUUCUGGUGAAUCUGUGAAGAGAAAUCUGUGAAUACUAGUUAUGAGCAAAGAACCAUGGUUGAAAUCUCUUCGUGUGAUUAACAGUGAAAAAUUUAGUAAAUAGCAAUAAACCAUGGAUUAUGACUAUAUGUCUUUUCAUAGAGAAAAGGAUGUUCACAAUAAAUGUUAUGGUGGAAGAUUGUGGUGUAUAAAAGAUAUAUGUGGGAUUAUAUGUGCAAUUUUAACCUGGUUGUUAAUUAUUUAUGCAGAGUUUGUAGUAAUGGCAGUUAUCCUUAUUCCCACAAUAAAUACUUUAUACUCUAGUUUAAACACUGCAAUAUUUCAGUCAUUAACUUUCUUGGCUUUUGCAUCUCAUUUAAGGACAAUGUUCACAGAUCCAGGUGCUGUUCUGAAAGGAAAUGCUACCAAGGAAAUGAUUGAACAAAUGGGAUUUAGGGAUGGGCAAGUCAUAUUUAAGUGUCCUAAAUGUUGUUCUAUUAAGCCUGAUAGAGCACAUCAUUGUUCUGUGUGCCAAAGAUGUAUUAGAAAAAUGGAUCAUCAUUGUCCAUGGGUUAAUAAUUGUGUUGGGGAAAAUAAUCAAAAAUAUUUUGUACUUUUUACUUUCUAUAUAGCAGCAAUGUCAUUGCAUUCUUUAUUGCUAUGUAUACAGCAAUUUACUACAUGCAUAAGACAAGAGUGGAAAGAAUGUUCUACAUUUAAUCCACCUGCAACAGUGGUAUUAUUACUUUGCUUGGCAUUCGAAGCUCUCUUAUUUGCCAUUUUCACGGCUGUAAUGUUAGGGACGCAAUUACAAGCAAUUUGGAAUGAUGAAACUGGUAUUGAGCAACUUAAAAAAGAAGAAGCCAGGUGGGUUCGUAAUAGUAGAUGGAAAUCCAUUCAAGCUGUCUUUGGAAGAUUUUCGAUUGCUUGGUUUUCACCCUUUACUUCUCCUCCAAAAGGAAGGACAAAGCAAGAUUCUUAUUUAUAUUCCGUAUAACAUGCAUCCCAGGGAUAUUUAAUAUUUGUAAAUGUAAAAUAAUUGUGAUGCAUCAUGAAUUCAUGUACCAGCAAAGAUAAUGUUUAUAAUCUUGUACUGUUAUUUAACAUUCUUAUUUCAUUGCGACGAUUUGUGAGGGAUACUUAAACAAAACGAACAUCCAACAUAUAUAUUAUAAUUAAAAUUUGUAAACUUGUAAGCAUAUGAUAAAGUAUGCUUCUUGUAAAGCUUCUUGUAUUAAAACAUUUUAUUAUUGAUCGUAA